AUGUCCGCUUCACCUAUACGUCUCGCCGUCCUUGACGAUUAUGCCUAUACUUCCAAACCAAUAUUCGAACAUUUCACUCGACAAAACCCUGACCACAACGUGCAAAUUGACUACUGUCCAUCAACACUUCUCACCCGCACACCAGAUGGCCUCAAAGCCGCGAUAGAUCGCCUGAAGCCCUAUACCAUAAUCAGCACCAUGCGAGAAAGGACACCAUUCCCGGCAGAACUGAUAUCUCAACUUCCAAACUUGAAACUAUUACUCACGACAGGAAGUCGCAACGCCAGCAUCGAUCUAGCUGAAUGUGAGAAUCACAGCAUAUUAGUAGCAGGUACAGGGCCUUCACCAAAAGCUGUCCCUAACUAUGACAGUACGAACGAGCAAUGUUGGGCAUUAAUUCUAGGUGUUGCUCGGCGUAUUGCUGAGCUCGACCUUCGUGUCAAGACUGGAAGGGGUGAGGAGGGAUGGCAAGAGGGGCUGAACACGGGUCUGGCUGGGAAGACGCUUGGUCUGUUAGGUCUGGGAAGACUGGGUGUGCAAGCUGCUGCAACUGGUAUCCUAGGCUUUGGCAUGAAAGUGCUGGCUUGGAGUGAGAACCUGACUCAGGAGAAGGCCGAUCGUGCAGCAGCUGAUCGAGGAUUACCAGCCGGCUCUUUCCGUGUCGCGAGCAGCAAGCAGGAACUAUUCGCCAAUGCUGAUGUAUUGAGUGUACACUAUGUACUGAGCGACAGAAGUCGUGGUACUGUUGGCAAGCAAGAACUGAGCUGGAUGAAGAAGAGUUCUGUUCUCAUCAACACUAGUCGUGGUCCUCUCAUAGAUGAGUCUGCCUUAGUUAAUGCGUUGAGACAGAAGAAGCUCAAAGGUGUUGGCUUGGAUGUGUUUGAUGUUGAACCGUUGCCAGAAGACAGUGUCUGGAGGAGCAAUGACUGGCCGGAAGAUGUAACGGUCCUCGUCAGUCCUCAUAUGGGAUAUGUCGAAGAGAAUACUAUGACGAGCUGGUAUGAGCAGACAGCUGAUAAUGUAGGUCGCUGGCUCAGAGGUGAGGAGUUGUUCAAACAGAUGAGCACCACUGCCUGA